UCUUAUGCCCUCAGAACAGCUGAAAUAACUGAAUUUGCUAUACAAUUAAAUGUCUACAAUUACAUUAUCUGCGAAAAUGUAGUGAUUAAUUUGCAUUAAUAAUACUUAAAAUUAUUGUGUCCAUUGAGUUACUGUCCGCUUUAUGUCCUGAUACGUGCACCACUACUAGUUAAAAUAAAUACAUAAAUAAAAAUAGGUUUCAUUUUUAAAACUACAGAAGGAACUGAAUUUUUAGGAAUGACCCUAAUACUACAGUAUCUGCACUGUUUAUUAUGUAAUCAUUAUAAUGUACCAACAACCUUAACGCCCCACCAAUCUCUUGCCUGGAAAUAUUCUUCUCGCACGGCAUUGGCCAAAUUUCACUCAACCUGCAAAGAAGCUCAAUUCUGACUGGUCAAUUUGCCGUGAGCGGAAACAGAUGAUGCAUUCUUCAGUUGAUCUCUGCGUAAUGGCGGAGGUCAGACUGCGGUUUGGGAGAGGGGCUUACAAGCUUUUAAAACCGAAAUAUCUCCCGCUUUUGGAUAAAGACGGUAAACCAGUUUCAAUGGCAGCUUAUGUUGCAGCUUUAAUAAAUUCACCACAGCUCUGUGAGAUUCGAAAUGACCGGGUGGAAGCAGCUAAAAGACCGGCAGCUCUGGAGACUCCAGAAGGGACUGUAAACUCACUCUUUACCUGUGCUUGUGGCGAUGCAAACAGCGUGAAAGUGCCGCUGGACCUCCAUUCUGGAAAUGUUAGUAACGUUAAAUGCACUGAUCGCCAUGGAUCGAACUCCAAGGCAUCUCCAGUUCAUGUGUCCUCCUGGAGGAGCUCGUGUUUGGGAACUCAUGGAAAACUCCCUCUCCUGUCCAGCCAUACUGGCACAAACUUUAAGCGCCAGUUAAGGAGGUCCAUCUAUAAAAAGACUCUUUAUGGGCCUCCAAAUGAUUAUUUAUGGCAGUUUAUGUCUUUAACCAGAGCUUAUAGUGGCACACAGGAUAAAGGCAGCCCAUUAUACAAAUCAAAGUCUGCUUAUUACGAUAUUUUGGAAGUUUCUCCAACCGCCACGCACGCACAAAUCAAGACUGCCUACUAUAAACAGUCCUUCAUAUAUCACCCAGACAAGAACGCAGGGAGCGAAGAGGCCGCGUUCAGGUUCUCGCAGAUCAGCGAGGCGUACCGCGUCCUGGGUAAUAAAGCUCUGAGGAGGAAAUACGACCGUGGGAUCCUGAGUCAAGCUGACCUGCAGGGAGCCAGCAAACCCGCCGGCAGAGAGAGUCCAGCAUCAGGACAGCAGAGCAGAACCCGACACUCCCCGUCUGUUGGAGCCACCCAGCAGAACAUCUUCGACUUUGAUGCCUUCAUCAGAUCACACUAUGGAGAACAGCUUAAGAGAGAGCAGGAGAUCCGGCAGCGUAGAGAAGAGAUCAUCAGGAAGAAGGAGGAGCUGGUUGAGGAUAUACAACUGGGCAGGAUGAAGGAGAUAGCUGUAGGGAUGAUGCUGGCUAUGGCGGCGAUGAUCUUAUUUAGCCUGAAGUCUAGCAAGUGAGGAAGAUACAGGGAUACUUGAAGCAUAUCUCACAUUUUAACAGUUAAAAGUUGGUUUUGUUUAAAAAAAAAAAAAAGUGCCGACACAAACAUAUUGUACGGAUAUGUCAUAUUUACCUUUCCCCCCAGAUGGUGCCACAAACCCUACUUCAGUAAAAUUAUAACUGAUUUACAUAAGGGGUAUGUUGAAAUUAGGG